UUAUCCGGAUGGACAGCAGGUUAGCAAAUGGAACUAGAUGUUUUUGUAAUUCAAUUUUUUUUUCUGAUAUGUAGGCAUAGUUUCUACUUGUAUUGGCCACCCAAUGGAAACUAUCCGAGUAGUACAACAAGUAAAAAACGUUAGCCCUUUGCCUGCAUUUAGAGAGAUUUAUCGAAAACAUGGUAUUCCAGGUUUUUAUAGAGGCAUGAUGUUUCCUGUAUUAAGCAGUGGAAUUGUAAAUUCUGUAGUGUUUGGAGUUAAUGGGAACACUAUGCGAUUUAUUCAAACCAAUUUUAGGGAAGAUAUAACAGAAAAUGAUAGGUCAGUCCGAUUUUGUUGUAAUGCUGAAAGUCUACAUAAAUAUUGGCAUGUUGACUGUUUUUUAUCGGGAUGUGUUGCGGGAGUUUUCAGUACUUUAAUCAACAUACCAGUGGAAUUAGUAAAAACAGUUCUUCAAGCUUCAAAUAUAUCAUUAUUUGUAACACCUGAUAAAAAAAUGGGACGAAAUAAUCCAACAAGACUUAUUCAGGAAAUAUAUAAAAAAAAUGGUAUACGAGGUCUAUACCGAGGUGGAUUUGUCUUAUUACUUAGGGACGUACCUAGCACAGGAAUUUACAUAUUAUCAUAUGAACAUAUUUGUAGUCUAUUAAGAAACUAUUCAGAUGAAAAACGAAAAAAUGAUACAUUUCCGUGGCAAAUACAAUUAUUUGCUGGAGGCAUGGCUGGAAUAGCUUGCUGGGCAUCAGUUUUACCUUUUGAUGUAAUCAAAACUCAAAGAAUGCUUGAUAGCGUUGAUAAUCCACAAUGUAAAAGCUUUUGGUAUUGUACAAAAAUGAUUUAUAAGAACGGUGGUAUUGCAAGAUUUUAUCAAGGUUUUUGGGUGUUAAGUACAAGAGCUUUUCUUGUCAAUAGUGUUGCGUUUUUUGUUUAUGAAUUUUUAUUAAAAGCUUGUUCAAAUUUCAAUAAAAUGCCAAGUACAUCAACUCAUUUGACUUCUUUAACAAUCAAAACUGAUGAUAAAUAUUCAAAAUGGAAUUAAACAAGAGCAGUGUUUUUUUAUAAUCAGUUUUACGAUAGAUUAAGAUUAUUUUGUACAUAUUUUUUAUAUUUUAAUAUUGUAUGAUUUAUUAAUAUUUUUUGUAUGUCAUAUUUCAUAAGAAUCGAUACAUCAAUUAUAACCCAUUAAAUUA